AGAUCAGAAGUGUUCAUGAUGUCUGAGAGGAGGUGUUCUCAGGAGGAUGACUGCUCCUCCCUGCUGUCCCGGCUAGGUUCGGACUCUCCUCGUCCUCGGAUGAAGUAUGGAGGGAUGUUCUGCAGUGUCGAAGGAGCAUUUGAGAACAAAACUUUGAACUUUGAGUCGUUCAGCCCGCAGACGCAGCGACGCCGAGCUGCUCGAACCCACAGUGACCACUACGAUGGAGGAGACGUCUUGAGAGUAGGAGGACAGACUGUGGUGUUUCCCUCCGGACACACCCGGGAAAACUACAGCAAGAGAGAGGGCGACCGUCUGAUCAUCAAAGGAGGAAAGGUCGUCAAUGAUGAUCAGUCAUUCUACGCUGACGUCUAUGUGGAGGACGGGACCAUCAAACAGAUUGGCGAGAACCUGAUCGUCCCGUCCGGUGUGAAAACGGUGGACGCGUACGGUCAGCUGGUGAUCCCCGGCGGUGUUGACGCCAACACCAACCUGCUGACUCCCCAGAAAGGCCUGAACCCGACCGACGACUUCUACCAGGGAACCAGAGCCGCACUGUCCGGAGGAACCACCACCAUCAUGGACCAUGUGCUGGUGGAGCCGGGGACUAGUUUACUGUCAGCCUUUGAUCAGUGGAGGGAGACUGCGGAGCAGAGGGCGUGCUGCGACUUCUGUCUCCACCUGGACGUCACUCGCUGGCACGAAGGGCUGUACGAGGAGCUGGAGACACUCGUCAAAGACAAAGGUGUGAACUCCUUCCUCUUCUUCAUGACCUUCAAAGACAAAUACCAGAGCUCCGACUCUCAGCUCUACGAGGCAUUCGGGGUCCUUCGGGAUCUUGGCGCUAUCGCACAGGUUCAUGCUGAGAAUGGUGACAUCAUUGACGAGGAACAGAAGAAGCUUCUCUGUCUCGGCAUCACCGGACCUGAAGGACACGUUUUAUCUCACCCUGAGGAGGUGGAAACGGAGGCAGUUUAUCGGGCCAUUACCAUUGCCAAACAGGCCAACUGUCCGCUGUAUGUUACCAAGGUGAUGAGCAAAUCUGCUGCUGAUGUCAUCGCCAAAGCCAGGAAGAAAGGUAUUGUGGUGUAUGGGGAGCCAAUCACAGCCGGCCUGGCCACUGACGGCUCUCACUAUUGGUCCAAAGACUGGGCCACAGCUGCUGCCUUUGUCAUGAGCCCGCCUAUCAACCCUGAUCCUUCAACUCCCCUGUACCUGACCUCUCUGUUAGCAUGUGGAGAUCUCCAGGUGACAUCCAGCGCUCAUGCAAGCUUCUCCACAGCUCAGAAAGCCGUCGGUAAAGAUGAUUUCACUCUGAUCCCAGAGGGAACCAAUGGGAUCGAGGAGAGGAUGUCAGUGGUGUGGGACAGAGCUGUGUCUACGGGGAAGAUGGAUGAGAACGAGUUCGUCGCUGUAACAAGCACCAAUGCUGCUAAACUCUUCAACAUUUACCCACGUAAAGGACGGAUCGCUGUAGGAUCUGAUGCUGAUGUUGUCAUCUGGAACCCAAAGGAGACACAAACUGUUUCUGCAAAGACUCACAACCUGACGCUGGAGGUGAACAUCUUGGAGGGUUUGGAGUUUCGAGGCGUGCCAUCAGUGGUGAUCAGUGGUGGUCGAGUUGUUCUGGAGGACGGAAAACUCAACGUGACUGAAGGUUCAGGGCGCUUUGUCCCCAGGAAGGCUUUUCCCGACAUGGUCUACAAGAGGAUCAGAGCCCGCAGCAAGAUGGCCGAGGCCCGAGGCGUCCCCCGUGGAAACUAUGAUGGUCCGGUUCAUGAUGUCAUCAGUAUGACUAAAUCUAUCCCACCCACUCCGACCACCAGGGGGCCACCAUGUCCGAAAACCCAGACCUGCCUCCGAAACCUCCACCAAUCAGGAUUCACCCUGGCAGGAGCUCAGGUUGAUGACCACAUACCGCGCCGCUCCACUCAGAGGAUUGUGGCACCGCCUGGUGGACGCUCCAACAUCACAUCCUUAUCUUAAACAGUACUACAACAGUACUACAACAGUAGUACUUCAUCUACUACUGAACCCUAUUGCAACCUUACAAACCCUAUAACAGUAGUACUUCAGGUAGUACCAAACCCUACAAGUGCUAAACCCUAAAAAACCCACCUGCUAGUACUGAAGUCAACAACAGUUUUACUUCAACUAAUACGAAAUGUUACAACAAUGGCAGUACAACCCCACAACAAAUAUUUUUUCCUACACCUACUGUUUAACCCUGAUGCAGUAGUACUUCAACUAGUACUAAACCCUACCACAAACCCGAAAAUAUUACUAUACCCGGCAACAAUGGUACUUCAAUUCUAGAAUACUACAAAACCUACAAACACCUAACAAGUAGUAUUACAUCUUAGAACAGAUUUACUCCAACUAAUACUGAAUUUUAAAACAACACUACAAGUACUUUAUCCUACAACUACUACUAAGUCCUAUUACAGUAGUACUUCAACUAGUACUAAACCCUAAAACUAGAACUACAUUUUUGAAUAAUAAUAUUAAAACUAGUGCUAUACCCAACAAAAACCCUACAACUAGUAAAAAAAUAAGUACAUUAUCCUAUAACUACUCGUUACCGCUGUGGUCGACACCCUAACCCUGUACGCUUAACUUUGAUCUAGUCUUAAUCCUAUUACAGUAGUACUUCAACUAGACCUAAAAAACCCUACAACUAGUACUAAACCUUGCAACAAUGGUACUACAACCCUACAAAUACUACUAAAUCUUAUACCUACUGUGCUCCGCUAAAGUAGUACUAAAUGUUACAACAGUGGUAUUUUAACAAGUACUAAAUGUUGUUGGUCUGGUUCUUGGAAUCAUGUGAAGUACUCUAAUUCUUACACGUGUACUCAUCAACAUUUCAUUUCAUUUGUCCUAAAACUUCUGAUAAAGGCAGCAGCAGCAGUAGUAGUAGUAGUAGUAGUAGUAUUAUAAUAUAAAAGUGUAUCAUACUUCCUGUUUCCUUUUAUUAACAGUACAGUCGUGUUCAUCUGAAGACAAACUGUUUACCACCAGUACACUUUUCAAACUGGGUUAACUGGUUUUCUUUGUUAGAGCUUGUAACCUGUUGUGGCUGGUUGUUUCCAGAUAUUUCCAGAUGUUGUGUUUUUUGAAAGCUGUCCUCAUCAAGCUACUUCUUCCAUUAUUUCCAUAAACUCAUUCUGCUCAUUGUAAAUGAAACUCAUAUUGUCCUGAAUUCACUGUAGGCAUUAAUAAUAUCAAUAAUACUUCUUGACUAAUUUAAGGUCAUUGAUAAUGUUGUGUCAGUCUCAGUCUGAACCACUAUGAGACCUUUAUAUGAAUAUAAACCUUCAGCAGUCUGUGGUAGAGUAAUAAGUGUUUCUAUUGGACUGCAGGGUUCGUCCUGUCAGUGUCUUUUACUUAUUAAUCAAAUAAUAAAUGAAUGCAAACCAGAAUUCAACUUUCACACUAACACAAUUAGACUUUUUGUGAACUUGAACUGAUAAAUGGUGCUAAUAAUUCCAGCGGUAGCCUGCAAGUAGCAAUCCCUUCAAUACCACGCCCUCUACAGAUGUAAACAAAGUACACCCAGAAUAUCAGAAAAUGGUAUCAUAAGAUCCUGAUACUGGAUUCUAAUGUAAACUACUCAGUGAUUCUCCUGCUGGCCCCGCCCCCCAAGAAACACUUCAGCCCCACCAAAUAUAAAACACGAGGAGGACGCGAUCUGUCAGCAGAUGUAGCUUCAUGUUCAUUACUGAACAUUUUAUAUAACACAUAUAACAUUAUGCAAUCCCUGUGCUUUGUUUACCACUGCCACAUGUGUACGACGGAGGUCUGAGGUCUGGGGGUCUUUGUGAUCGUUCCCAUUGAGAUGCAUCACUACGUUGGUGGUCGCUUCAAAAGUGUUUUGGCAAAAGUCAUCGGGGGAAACGGCUGCGCGGCGCCAGGCAUACCACAACAUAGAACGACAACAGCAGCGAUGUGUGUCCUCUGGGAAAAGUGGCGGUAUCACAAAUAUUGAUCCAUCCCUGGUCUGACAACAUCUAUCGUGACCUCUGACCUCUGACCCUGCCUGUAAAGAAGGCUUUUUCAGACCCCUCCCCGUCCUGCUCUGUGACCUCUGAUGACCCCUGAAGGGAUUUUUAACAGUGUUCUCAAUUUUUAAAGGCUUCACUUGAAACAAUGACGGUUUUGUAUUUUUUACAGUUUUUGUAUCCUGGCCGUGUUAGCAUCAGUCCAACACGGUCCAGCCACAGCGCAGCCCACGGCAGCCAUGUUGGUGCGACGCUGUCGCUAUGGAAACAGGAUAUACAUUCACAAAGAUGUUUGUGAACAAACAGUAGUUUAAAAUUUAGAGAGCCUGAUGAUCAGAUUGAUACCACUCAUGUCUGUACGGUAAAUGUGAAGCCAUAGGCAUCAGAUGGUUAGCUUAGCACACUGCUAGACCGUACAGAUUCAGAUCCAACAUGGCGGCACUGUUCCUGUAGCAGUUGUUGUUUUUCUGUCCUCUCAGAUGCUCUGGAGCCAACAUGGAGAACAAACUCUUUGUGUUCGCAGUGAUCGUGUGCAGACAUGGCAGUGUGUAUAUGAGGAGGCGUUACCGUGGCGAUGGUGCAUCUGUUGUUCUUGUGGUUGUUGUUCCUGUAGUGAAUGUAAAACCAGUUGUAAUGAAAGCUGCAUGAAUAAAGUUUGAAGAGAAA